AUUUUGUUUUUAAUUUGCCGAGAUUGAGACAACUGACAUUGGACUUGCUUUCUUCUUUCCCUUACAAAAUUUACUGAGAACAAGACAGGAACGGCGUAGCGUUAAAUAGAUAUCUAUCUAUAUAUAUAUAUAGUCUUCUUUGCUGACGCUGGAGAUUUUUAACUGAUUUUCAUUAUGGUCCGAAAAAUUUGCGUGCUAGGAGCUGGAAUUAUUGGUCUCUACUCAGCCGUACGAACUCUUGAAGACUUACAAAAUGUUGAUGUUACAGUUAUUGCUGAAAAGUUUUCUCCGAACAACACAACCGAUGUGGCUGCUGGCUUCUGGCACCCCUAUAGAAUGGGCUCUACAAACCCGUCCUUAAUCAAACGUUGGAGCGAUGAAACCUUCAAGUACCUGCUCAACCUUCAUGAAUCGCCGAUGGCCUCCGAGCUGGGGAUCCAGCUUGUAUCUGGUUAUUAUCUUAAUAGCAGAGAGACUAAUCCUUUCUGGAAAGACACGGUCUUCAAUUUACGGGAUCUGACUCCAGAAGAGAAUAAAUUAUUUCCAAAUUACACGAAUAAUAAAUUUUUCACUAGCCUUAUAGUCUGUGGAACUCUCUACAUGCAAUGGCUAAUGGAAAGAUUCAUUUCUCUCGGAGGAAAAGUCAAAAGCAAGAGACUAGAAUCUCUGUCAGAGGUGAUGGCUGACUUUGAUGUCGUAGUUAACUGCUGUGGUUUGGGGAAUUAUCAGUUGAAUAAUGAUCGACAAAUGACUCCGAUUCGAGGUCAAGUCAUUAGGGUAAAUGCACCAUGGAUAAAACACUUCUACAUUGUUAGUGGGUUAAGUAAACCAGUAUUUAUUUUUCCUUCGAAGAACUAUGUUGUUAUGGGAGGAACAGAUCAAGAAGGCAACUGGGACACUACUCCGAAUGAAGAGGACCAAAGACACAUAUUGGACAGCUGUGCUCAAGUUGUGCCCAGUUUGAAGAAUGUGGAAAUUUUGGAGACAAGAGUUGGACUGAGACCAUUUAGGAAACAAACCCGUCUGGACCAGGAAAUUGUCACAUUUAAUGGUCGGACUAAACAGGUCAUUAACAACUACGGUCAUGGUGGCUGUGGUCUGACAACUUUCGUUGGUUGUGCAAAAGAUGUUGUGGCUAUGAUCAGAGAAGCUGGUGUAGCACCACGGUAUGGUGCUAAACUUUAAUGGUGCGAGUCAUGGCUGGAUUGUAUUGAAACAGCAUUAGCAAUACACACACACACACACAUACACAGGCACACAUAGAUAUACGCAUACAUAGACAAACACAUAUAUACAGAUACACACACAUAUAUGUAAACACACACAUAUACAUAAGAACAGACAUUCACACACACACACACUAAUGACUAGAUAUAAACAUAUACUCACAGGUAUUUAAUUAGCUUAGCACAAUUUCCAAACAAUUAAUUUCAUCUUUAAAGGCAAAAAAAAAGUUUCAAUGUUUACAUUUUUUUUUCACGCAGUUCAAUCAAUUUAAUUACAGAUUAUCAAUCGGUUACUUAAGUGUAUAUUUAGAACAACUGAUUGGGAUUUGAACUCAGAGACUAAAUUUCUGACCUAAGAAUGCUAACGAGGUUCAAGCUUUAAUAAUAAAUUUCAAUUGAAGUCUAACUUUUUAGUGGUUGUGGCACACUGGGCCAUGAUGUUGGAGAGCAGCUGAUAGAGUGGCACACUGGGCCAUGAUGUUGGAGAGCAGCUGAUAGAGUGGCACACUGGGCCAUGAUGUUGGAGAGCAGCUGAUAGAGUAGCACUCUAAAGGAGGUAAUUUACAGCAGUGGAUUAGCAGAAUCGGUAGAGUGAUGGAAAGAUGGUUUGUGGUGUUACUUGAGGCUCUUUACGUUCUGCAGUCAAACCUUGCCAACGUUAACUUCACAUAUCAUUCUUCCAGAGUCUAUAAAAUAAAGUACUAAUAAAGUACUGGGGGUCAUCGCUACUGACUAACACCCUCCCCUCGAAAUUGCAAACCUUCUGCCUAGUUUUGUAACAAGUGAUUUUGGUUUCAAUGAAUUCUCUAAAUAAAUAAUAUAUUGCAUUCAA